CUUGCACGCUGGACGUCCCUGUGUCAGGGUGAAUACCGUUAUCUUCCCUCCACUGUCUCUCUUCAUGAGCUCUAACUUCUCCGGGAAACCCAAGUGGCUGCAAUUGCAAUUAAGUAACCACGCCUGUUGGCCUCUAAUUCUCCUGAAUUGCACUACUUAUAGCCUACUACUAAAAGAGCAUUUUCAGGAGCGACUCGUCCAGAAAACUUGAUAUUCACUGGAGGGGGGAAAAAAUCCUUUCUUCAUUAUAUUAUUAUCGCGAGAUCGUACAUUAGGACCCUCCAGGACGCACCCUGACCACUGCUGUUGGGCUGCGAGGUAAUAGUCCAGCCGGUCACCCGCACUCUGUCCGGGAACACGCACUAUACAGCAAUGGAGUACCUCAAGUUUUGUUUUGUGUUUUCAUGCUGGCUGAAGUUUGCAAAUUCUGUCUACUCUGCUGAAACACCUCAAGCUCCUGUGCCUGUUCCUAAAGAAAAAUUGCUCGUCCUAACUGUUGCAACAGAGGAAACAGAUGGCUUCCUCCGCUUUAUGAAGUCUGCAAAUUAUUUUAACUACACUGUGAAGGUGUUGGGAAUGGGAGAAACAUGGAAGGGUGGCGACGUGGGUCGUUCAAUCGGUGGAGGGCAAAAAGUCAGACUACUGAAGGGGGCCAUGGAGGCUUUGGCAGACCAGGAGGAUCUUGUUGUCCUUUCUGUGGAUAGCUAUGAUCUUAUCUUUGCUGGGGGACCAGAAGAGAUUCUCAGGAAGUUCCAACAAGCCAAUCACAAAGUGCUUUUUGCUGCAGAGGGCCUGAUAUGGCCAGAUAAGCGACUAGCUGACAAGUACCCCUCAAUCCGCAGCGGCAAGCGUUACCUCAACUCCGGAGGUAUAAUCGGCUAUGCCCCAUACAUAAAAAGAAUUGUUUCACAGUGGAACCUCCAUGACAAUGAUGAUGACCAGCUCUUCUACACUAAAAUAUACUUGGAUCCUUUACAGCGAGAAACUCUCAACAUGACUUUGGACCACAAGUGCCAGAUUUUCCAGAACCUGAAUGCGGCAGUUGAUGAAGUGCUCCUCAAGUUUGGAACAGACCGUGUAAGAGUUAGAAACACAGUGUACGACUCUCUGCCAGUGGUUGUCCAUGGCAAUGGAAACACCAAAAUGUACUUGAACUACUUGGCCAACUAUGUCCCCAAUACAUGGAACUAUGAAAACGGCUGUAGUCACUGUGAUGACGAUGUUCUGGACUUGUCUCAGUUAAAAGAGUAUCCAAAUGUGUUGGUUGGAGUGUUCAUUGAGCAGCCAACUCCGUUUCUUCCUGAAUUCUUCCAGCGGCUGCUGACCUUCGAUUACCCCAAGGAUAAACUGAAACUUUUUGUCCACAACAAUGAGGUUUACCACGAGAAGCACAUCCAGAAGUUCUGGGAAGAGAACCGAAAUGUGUUCAGCAGUUUCAAGGUUGUGGGACCAGAAGAAAAUUUGAGCCAAGGAGAGGCCAGGAACAUGGGCAUGGAUCUUUGCCGUAAGGAUGCCACAUGUGACUACUACUUCAGCAUUGAUUCAGAUGUGAUGCUCACCAACAGGCAGACACUGAUGCUCCUCAUUGAGCAGAACAGAAAAAUAAUUGGUCCCCUUGUCACUCGUCACAGCAAGCUGUGGUCCAACUUCUGGGGAGCCUUGAGCCUGGAUGGUUACUAUGCUCGCUCUGAAGAUUAUGUCGACAUUGUGCAGAGAAAACGUGUGGGUUUGUGGAACAUUCCUUUCAUGGCACAUGUAUACCUUGUCAAGGGCAGUACCUUGAGAAAUGAACUGAAAGAGAGGAACUACUUUGUUCUGGAGAAACUAGACCCAGAUAUGGCUUUGUGUAGAAAUGCCAGAGAAAUGACCAGUCACAGGGAAAAAGACUCCCCUUCUCCGGAAUCAUUCCAUAUGCUCAGGCCCCCAAAGGGACUCUUCAUGUACAUAACAAACCGUCACGACUUUGGGAGGCUCAUUUCCACAGCCAAUUAUAACAUUUCUCAUUAUAACAACGACUUGUGGCAGUUAUUUGAAAACCCCGUGGACUGGAAGGAGAAGUAUAUCCACCAAAACUACACUCGGAUUUUCACUGAAAACUUCUUGGAGGAGCCUUGUCCAGAUGUGUUCUGGUUCCCAGUAUUCUCAGAGAAGGCCUGUGAUGAAAUAGUUGAGGAGAUGGAGCACCUCGGUUCCUGGUCUGGAGGCAGACAUGAGGACAAGCGGAUCGCCGGCGGCUACGAGACCGUGCCGACGGACGACAUUCACAUGAAGCAAAUCGGCUUUGAGAAAGAGUGGCUACACUUCAUCCGAGAGUUCAUUUCACCCGUCACGUUAAAGGUUUUCUCUGGCUACUACACUAAGGGUUACGCUCUAAUGAACUUCGUGGUGAAAUACACGCCUGAGAGGCAAGCAUACUUGAGACCCCAUCAUGACUCCUCCACCUUCACCAUCAACAUCGCCCUCAAUAACAAAGACACAGACUUUCAGGGCGGGGGUUGCCGUUUCCAUCGGUAUAACUGUUCCAUACAUUCACCAAGGAAAGGCUGGAGCUUCAUGCACCCAGGACGACUGACUCAUCUCCACGAAGGCCUGCCCACUACCAACGGCACUCGCUACAUUGCAGUGUCCUUCAUCGACCCUUGAAGUAAUCUCAUUAUACUGUAAAUUAGUCUUUUGACCUUGCUGUGCUUUUUUCCGCCAUGUUUGUUUUGUUUUUUGUCAUUUGACGUUUUUUGUGCCCCCAGAUGUUUUGCUGAUGCAGUUCCAUUUCAAAGCAAUUGCUUUAAAAGAAUAAAUACUUGUCUUAAAUUCAAAAGCGACAUCCUACCAGGAAUUAUUGGUACUGUAGCUGGUAAUGAUUUUCACAUACUGAUAUAUAAUAAUACUGAUUUAACACUGUCUUGCUAGCUUUGCUAGCAUGCAGAUGGCCAUUGUGUAUCUAUUUGUGUUUCAGGUAAAGUGACACUGAACGCAUUUAUACUGUAAAAACUUGUGAUUGCUUCAAAAAAUACUGGUGCUUAUAAACAAUCCAUGUUUCUACAUUCAAGAUUUAUGUCAAUAUAUGGUGGAGUACAAGUUAACGUGUUUUUAUACCCUGAAAUUCAGAUUCCAUUUCUUAUUUUAAUUAAAUUAAGGUUUGAUAUGUGCCCAGUGAAAAAAGAAAUCUAUUUUUGGAAUUUUGCACAUCAGAUAAUCGAGACAGCAGGAUUCAAUAUGAAUUCAGUUUCAAUGAAGUUCAAUAUUCUGUUUUUCUUCCUUCUUUAUUGGAGAUUGGUAACAUUUAUUAGACUUCCUGAAAACAUUUCUGCAAUAUUUGGCUGAGAGAUGUGCGUGAAUGGAUUUUGAAACUCCAAUUAAGUUGUUUAACUUAUUGUCAAAACUGAAUAAAAGUCUUUAUUGAAAAAAUC